AUGCCGGCACCGAUCCAGUCCCAGGAGUCGGAGGAUUUCUACGACUUGGUGGCGAGGCUGACGGCGCUCUACGAGCAGGCGCUGGGAAGUUCCAAGGCGCCGCAGACCCUGAGCUUGGCCUCCGAAGAGCACUUCCCAGGCCCCGCGGACUCGGAGCAGGCGGGCGAACAGAGCGAUGCCGAGAGCGCAGCAGAGGAGCUCCAAGUUCAAGGAACAAGAAGCCAGAUCUCCGCCCAGAGCAGCCUCUCCUUGCACCAGUUGUGGACGCAGGAGUUUCGACCCAAGUCUAGGCGGCUGUCUCCAGUCGGCAUGUCGCUGCCGCGGCUGAAGUCCGUGAACAGCGUCGGGAGCUUCUCCUCGGGGAUCGAGGAUCCCCAACUCUCCCAACUGCGAGAAGGCCUCCGAUCUGGGGACGUGAUAAAAGAGCGCAGCUGCAUCCAGAAGUUCAUGGUGAAUCCCAACAGCUGGGCCUCCGUGAUCUGGGAUGCCGUGUCCGUGAUGUUUGUGUUCUAUGACCUGAUCACGCUUCCCUUGCAGGUCUUCAGCUUCACCAGCAGCUUUCUUUCCGCCGGCGACCUCCUGGUGGCCGUGGUUUGGACCUUGGACAUCCUCAUGUCCUUCCUCCGUGGCGUGACGGACCGGGGCGCUGUGGACAUGAGGCCCACCUACGUGGCCAAGAAGUACGUCGGGAGUUGGUUCUUCGUGGACCUCUCUGUGGUUGCAACCGACUGGGUGUUGCUGCUCUCCAACGGCCUGGAUGACAUGGAGGUGCUGCGCGUGCUGAGGGGCCGGAUUUUCCUGCGCCUUUUGCGCGUGCUGCGCUUGAUUCGGGUCAUCAAAGUGGCCGACAGAUCUUCAAUCAUCAGGUUGAAGGAGGCCGUGUUGAAUGACCACAACAAGGCCGUGAGCAGCGUGCUGCAGCUUCUAUUUCUGGUCAUCCUGAUCAACCACUACGUAGGUUCGCUGCUGACCGGUUUGCUUCGCGGACGGAUCCGCGCUUCCUUCUGA